AUGGAUGACAGUAUAAUUCCUAAAGCAGAUAACACCAGUGAAAUAAUUCGCGAAAACUUGCUGAAAUCGACAUAUAUUAAUAAACGAAAUGACUUACGUAAAAAUAUACUACCUGCAAAACGUCGUAAUAACAUUAAGUCAGCAACUUUACAAUUAGAAAAAGAACAGGCCAAUCUUUUAGCGAACUUGAACGUUGUGUUACAAAAAUCAAAAUUGAAGCAAGAUCGUCGAAACCAAGUCGGUAGGUUACAGAGUAAAGAUGAUCGUCAAAAAAAAAUAACUGAUGCCGAGUUAAAAACUGUCAAUGAACAGAAAUUUCUCAACGAUAUAGAAAAACUAUUACUUGGAAAAAACCAUGCGUAUAAUAAAGAAGUGAAAAAACUUGAAGACCUGAGGCAAACGCUGGACGGUUUGCUUAAAAAACUAGCACAUAAAAAUGUAACAUAUGACUCAAUGAUUUGUCAUUUGGAUAAAGAAGCUAAAUACCUCACGAGUUUUUGUGAAUGUGCAUUAAAUUAUCAGGAAAAAAAGGAAAAAGCUUUAAACAAUUUAACAUUGUUUCGCGAAAAUAACACGCCAGAAGAAGUACAAUGGCAUUUACGAGUUAAUGCUGCAAGUUAUAAACUAAAAGGCGACCUUGAAUUGAGCGAAUUCCUACAAAAAAAACGUAGUGAACGUCGUAACAACCGUAAAACCAGCCCCGCCAAGGUAAUUAAAGAAAGUUAUGAAAACGAAGACCUCUCAAAAGCCAUGAAACACCUGAUCCAUAUUAGCGGAGAAUCAGAUUUGAAAAUAAUUACAGAAAAUAUAAAAAAAAUGUCGUAUGAUAAAGCGAGUUUAUUUCAUCUAAUAAUCUUCAUUGAAAAACAAUUAAGUGAACUGGAAUAUUCUCUUAGUCAUUAUAAAAGUAUUGGAAAGGAAAGAAAAGGAUCAAUCAAUAAUAAAAAUAAAAUGUACGAUGAUAAAUUAAAUACUCUCUUAAUAAAAGUUCAAGUGAAUGAAGAUACGAUAAAUUCGAUUCAAACAAUUUUAAAAAACGUGAGUGACGCGUAUAUAAGGUCAAUCGAGGAAAUAUACAGUAUAUUUAAAAUGAUUGGAAUUGACCCGUCGUUAUACGAAGUAUUGGGACUAAGUGAACCAAUAAACGAGGAAAAUAUGUUGAACUAUUUCAAAGAAAUGGAAAAAAGAUUAUUUGAAAUACUUUUCAAACUAAAUAUUAUAGAAAACAGUUGCUUGACAGGGCCAGUUGAAGAUCCAUUGAUGUCAGACGUAGAAUCUACACAGAAUCUGCUCACGAAGGAUUACAAUGGCAUUGAAAUUAAACUAAACAAAGUUCUAGACAUUGGAGACGGUUCAAAAAAUCAAAAACUUAAUCAUAAUAUCGAUGUUGGAUACUUACCGUCCACCUAG